AUGAAAUCCCUUUGUCUUUUACUAGCUUUGAGCUCGGUAUUACCCACUGCUUUAUCAUGGGGAGCAGCUGGUCAUGAAAUGGUGGCUACCAUUGCACAAAUUCACUUGUAUCCAUCUACAAAAGCGAAAUUAUGCGAAAUAUUACCUGUAGAAGCCAAAUGUCAUUUGGCACCCAUAGCUGCAUGGGCUGAUCAAGUCAGAAAUAGAUAUAGGAAUACAGCUCCUAUGCAUUAUAUCAAUGCAAAUGGCGAUCACCCUCAAAAUCAUUGUGAAUUCGGUGAACAUGGGUGGGCAAAUGAAGACGUGAAUGUCAUAACGGCCAUUCAAAAUUUCACGAGAUCAGUCAUGGAGAAAUCUGGAAAAGAUAUUGACAUUCCUUUAAGAUUCCUUGUUCAUUUCCUUGGUGAUAUACAUCAACCACUCCAUUUGACCGGAAGAGAUAAAGGUGGUAAUGGUGCUAUGUUCCUAUUUGAAGGUCGUCACAGAAACCUCCAUUCCGUUUGGGAUUCUGGUAUCAUCACUAAAAACAUUCGAGAAUUGGGAAAUUACACUAGCCCUCUGCCUUCUAAACAAAUUGAAGACUCCCUUCUUGGCGCGAUAUUCGAUCCAUAUGUUCGAUGGAUAGUUUGGGAAGGUAUCAGAUUGUGGUGGAGAUCAGACUUGGAAGAAUGGCUAUCAUGUCCAUCUUCAGGAGACCCAUUCCCACAUUCAUCACAUACGGAUAUACCAGCGUCUACGCCAACCAUAUUCAAAGAUUAUUUCAGAACAGCAUCAUCAAUUGUAUUAUCUCUAUUACCUGGAUCUUUGUCGUCUUCAGCGGAAUUAUUGUUCGCUUUACCAACACGAGAAACUGAAGGAUUCGAAGAUCAAGCAUUAGCCCUACAUCCUAAUGCCUUACAAUCAAAGGGAGUCAACAUGACAUUCCCAGCUUGCCCUUAUACCUGGUCAAAGGAAUUACACGAUUUGAAUUGUAAAGUAGCUUGGCCAAAGGAAUAUCAAGAUAACAAUCAUCCUUUAAUCGAAUUGGACACAGAUCAGUAUUUAGGUGAAAUUAGUAGACAAAAAACAAUAGAAAAAUUGUUGGCUAUGGCAGGUCUGAGAUUAGCUAAGGUUCUCAACGAAGCUUUGGCAGAUGAAGGUCAAUUAAUCGGAAAUGGUUUAUACCUUGAUUAUUGA